AUGCUUCCUCCCUCCCCCUGCCAACCUCCCUUCCAGCGCAGUGUCAAGACUGUCCGUCAGCUCGCGGAGAUGCCGGAUGACCGACGUCGUGUCCUGUUGCGAAACCUGUCAGACGAGCAGUAUCGUGAUAUCCUCAAUGUCCUGGCGGGGAUGCCAGAUCUGCAGUUGUCAGCUCAUUGUGAGGUAAGCGCCACACACCAUCUGCUCUGUUGCCAAACUUUACCUCCUGCUUUGCCCUUGAACUUGUAUUGA